AUGGCAAGCACAGCAAGAACAUGCUUCUUAAAGUGCUUAAAAUCCGCUAAACGAAUCUCUCUUCCACAUGGAGUAAUCAUAAGCAUUGGAAGACAAAAGGAAUACGAAAUCGAAGACGUCAUCGUAUCUAGAAAUCAAAUCGAAUUGAAAUCCGACUGCGAAAAAUGUCACGUAGACGUCAAACCUGUGGGAAGAAAUCCUUCCGGAUGUAACGGCUAUGCCUUGGUAGCAAACAAAAAUUAUUCGUUAGAACAUGGUGAUAUAAUUGAGGUACGAUUAACAGCUCAUGAAUAUGAGAUUGUUUUUGAGCCGCCUCCAAAGGGUUUAGAUGAGCUGCCUCCCCAACCCAAGAAGAUGAAGUUCGACUUUUCUAUUUUUAAUGUAGGCAGUAAAAAAAACAGUGAUAGCAAUUUUAAUCUGAAUGGGCAAUGGGAGGAAAUUGAUGGAAAAGAGUUGUUGAUUUAUACUCCAAAUAAUUGUGUUUCAAGAAGUGUAAUAGCUGGGUUUGAUAUUGAUGGGACUAUUAUAAAAACUAAGUCGGGAGCCAGGUUUCCCAAGGACUGUGAUGACUGGGUUUUUUAUUUUCAAGAUGUACAACACAAGUUAAAAAAACUUCAUGAAGACAAAAAUAAAAUUGUUUUUUUCACAAACCAGGCAGGCAUUGGAAAAGACUCGCAAAAAAUUAAGGGAUUUAAGAGAAAAAUUGAAAAUAUAGUAAAUAAAUUGGAAAUUCCCAUUCAAGUUUUCAUUGCAACAGGUAAAACAUUUUAUAGAAAACCUUUGCCAGGGUCAUGGAACGUUUUAUGUGAUGUUAAAAAUGACAAUAUAGAAAUAGACAAAAGUAAAUCAUUUUUUGUUGGUGAUGCUGCUGGGAGGCCUAAAAAUUGGGCGCCAAAAAGAAAUAAGGAUCAUUCUUGUGCAGAUCGUUUGUUUGCCAUUAAUUUAGGUCUAACAUUUUAUACUCCUGAGGAAUAUUUUUUACAAAGUAGACCAGUACAGUAUGUUAUGCCUGAAUUUGAUCCUAAAAAACUGGAUAAAAUGCAAUAUCCAAGUUUUGCUUACCCUAAAACUAAUGUAGUGCUUAUGGUUGGUGGCCCAGGUUCAGGUAAAAGCCACUAUUGUACAAAUAUUUUAGUUCCAAAUGGUUAUGUUCAUGUCAAUAGAGACAAAUUAGGUACUAUGCAAAAAUGCGAGAGACAUUUGGAGGAAUGCCUGAUGAAAAAAGAAAAUGUCGUAAUUGAUAAUACAAAUCCUGAUAAAAAAGCAAGACAGCCAUUCAUCAACAUUGCCAAAAAAUUUGGUGUGGAUUGCAGAUGUGUGGUGAUGUUAACGUCAGUUAAACAUUGCAAGCACAAUAACAAAUUCAGGAAUCUAACAGAUAAAUCUCAUGACUACAUUAGUGAAGUGAUAAUAAACAAAUACCAAAACAGCUUUCAAGAACCAGAGCUUUCAGAAGGAUUUUCACAAAUUUUACACAUACCAUUUAUGCCCACUUUUGAUAAUGAGGAGCAGGAAAAAUUAUACAAAAUGUACCUGUUGGAAUCUUAA